AUGGCUUCUCUCACGCUGUUGCUGCAUCUGCUGCUCAUGGUCACAGCUGCAUCUGCAUGGUCCAUCAUCUACAGGUUCUUUGGUGGAUCUCUGAACUUCACACCGAAAGGAAGGAAUUCAGACGGAACCUAUGAGCUGGAAAUUCGUGACAAGCAAACUACAUACUACUGCAGACAGAAUUACUACACUUGCCUAAGUGGCAACUGUGGGACCCAGACCCAGUCUACCAGUGGACUAGUUCCCAGGAACUCCUAUGGUUUGAGAUGGUGCCAGUAUGAGAGGACGACAAAAAGAAAACUCCCCAGCAACCUCCCCUUUGAGAUCAGAUAUCCUACUAAUUUUAAUUCCUACUAUGGCGAUGGUUACUGGAUACCAAACAUCAGAAGCUCUAUGUCUUACUGGAGAAUGAUGGCACAUGUGGACCUGGGAACACGAUCUGACACCGGUGAAUCCAACAGAUCUCCCCUCAUUACCACGCUGCCCCUCCUCAGUCCAACAACCACCACAACUACUCCAACAACAACAACAACAACAACAACAACAACAACUUCACAAACAACAACAACAACUUCUCCAACAACCACCACAACAUCUCCAACAACCACAAUUGCUCCACUCAGCAAGAUUCCUCUGCAAUUUACAGUUUAUGUGGACUACCACAACGCCCCCUCAUGUCUUGAUGGUGAUUAUUUUCCCAUUUUCUUGUCACCAACUCCUGCGAAUGGAGUAAAUCUUCCAGCAUUUGUCAACCACACCCUCGAAAUCACAGUCAGAUCCACAGCUCAGUUCACCACGAUUUAUGACCUGAUUGUGACAGGACCAAGAGGCAUUACAAAGCAGAAAGUCUCCACAGAACUAUAUACAAUACAAUGGACGCCAACUGAACAGGAUGUCAACGAUCACUUUCCAAUCUGCUUCAUUUCUGAAGCAAGAGACAGAUACAACCGAGUCUAUCAGUCAGAGCUUCGUUGUGUGACCGCUGAUGUUGGACACCAAGAGUCCACUGUGACGUGUAAUGAAACUACGAUAACCGUGGAAGUGGAGAAGUCGUACCUCAUCAGACGCAACUUGGACAACCUGCAUCUGAACGACGUUGCAGAUUCUUCCUGCAACCUGACAACUCACUCCAAUGAGACCCACCUGGUGGCUGUCAUGUCGCUGAACGCCUGUGGGACUCAAGUGGAGGAGGAUGAAGACAACAUCAUCUUUUUAAACGAGAUCUCAUCUGCUGACCCAGAAGAAAUCAUCUCCAGGCGGCACGACGUUGAGAUUGCCUUUUCCUGCUCUUAUCCAAAGAGAACCAACCUGACCCUGGGCUUCAGACACAAAAACCCAUACGCCUUCACAGAGAAAGGCUUCGGUGCUUUCACCUUUCAGUUUGAGUUCUUCGAGAGCCAGCGCUUUAGGAAACAAGUGGAUGGCAGCACCUACCCAGUGGAGGUGUACCUGAAGCAGAUGAUCUUCAUGCAGAUUGAGGCGACCACCAACAUCCCCAACACUGAGCUGUUUGUGGAGUCCUGCAAGGCGACUCCCUAUGACAACCCCAACUCCCGCAUCAGCUACACCAUCAUCGAAAAUGGGUGUGUGAAAGACAAAACUGUGCAAAUCUACCCCAGCUCCAAGUCUCAGUUCAGAUUUGGAAUGGAGGCUUUUGAGUUCAUCGGCGCUCAUGACGAGGUCUACAUCACAUGCUCCGUCAUCCUGUGUGAGAGCGGCGCCUCUGGAACCCGGUGUUCUCAGGGAUGCAUCAGCGCCAACUCAGGGACGCAUCGCAGCAAAAGAGAAGCUGCAGCUGAGACUGGAAGACACUCCGUUUCCCAGGGACCUUUGCACCUGGUCAAGACUUCUGACAGCCAAUCAUCCGGGCUGAGCAUGAAUCUGGGCAUGAACCUGGUCUUCAUCGUCGGCUGCCUCCUGGUAUGCGGGGUGGUGAUCUACAGAGCAAAGAGGUCCAGACCUAAAUACCAGGCCCUGCCCACCUCUGAGGAAGACUAAAGACCACAUUAAUUUAAAGACAAUGAAGAGAGUUCGGUUUUGUUGUUUUGAAGUUCUUUUUCUUGGUGUGUCAGGGUGUGAAAAUGAGAAGGUAUAAAUAUAAAAAUUCUGAGACUUUAAACAGUUACUUGCAGAAAAGUUAAGGGAACAUUGCUCUCUCUUAUUGAGGUAUUCUAAUGAAGUAUCAUCCAAAGAUUUCCUGUUUGUGAGGGGUUUUGAUUACAGCAGGUUAUUUGUUUCACUGAUUUUAUGCAUUUUAUGCAGGAUUUGAUUAAGUCAGGAUUAUAGUUACAGGCGGGGUAAAACGAUUAUGACCUUCUGGAUUAAACCCCAGGGUUUAAAAAAUCGUAUACAAACCAAGUGGUUAAAAUAUACAAUAACUCAUUUUAAUUAUGUUGCAAAUUCAUUUAAUAGGGUUUUUUAGUGGUUUUGUUAUCGUAGUGUUGUUUACUAUCAACAGAUACAGGUACAGAUGGUGUAAAUGGACAAAGAGCAAAUAUGUGCAUUGUUGUGUGAGUUGUUCAGAUCUAAGUGCUUCUUUAUAACUUACACACUUACAGGAUUAAAUGGCUGGUAUGUACUGUAUAUAUGAGUCUGCAAAGUGACACCCAUUGUUGUUGUUUGACGAGAUAAGUGUAACCCUUCAGGCUCAUGUACAAUGUGUCAUCAGUUUAACGAGGCGAAGUUCCUGGUGAAUGUUGCAGGAGAUCAGUUAUUUUUAAACAGUUUAAACAGCUACUUGCAGUGUUUUCCCCAAGCACACACGGCUUAAUAAAACAAUAAACAAAAUAAAAAAAUAAAUAAAGUUAGAUCCAAAUUUCUGUCUUCUCA